UUGACUUCCCCUAACAACCAACCAAAUAAGCAUUCUUCAUCGACUACGAUCCGUUUCUUUAAGAUUAUUCUCAAUAAAAGUCUGGAAAAUGGAAAUCUUGUAAAAUCCCGAUUUUGACUACCUUGGUCCAUACUAGAUAGCCUUAUCUUGCAUUUGUUGAUUACAUGACUCAAACAUGUGAUUUUCGGGUCACAUGGAUGUGUUGUGUCAAGACUUGAAGAGUAUGAGAAAGCCAUGUCAAAGAUGAUCCCAAACAAUUUCACAAGGAGAUAUGGUGAUGGUCUGCCAAACCCAAUGUUUCUCAAAACCCCUGACGGCAUUGAAUGGAAAGUAUAUUGGACUAAACAUGAUGGUCAAAUUUUGUUUGAAAAGGGAUGGAAAGAAUUUGCUAGUUAUUACUCCCUAGAUCAUGGGCAUUUAGUAGUGUUUGAAUAUGAGAAAAAUUCUACUCAUAUUGGGGUACACAUAUUUGACAAGAGUGCCCUUGAAAUAGACUAUCCUUUCAAUGACCAUAUCAUUGAUGAUUCAGUUGAAAUUGAGCUACCUCCAUGUCAGAAGAAAAGACUGAAGUCACCAAUGUCAUCUCGUCCAACAAGUGAGAAAUCUAGAACUGGCAUAGCUAGAGAUGAUGAAAGAAGCCCCAACCCGCAAGAUUUGCUCCAGCAUGUCCAAACUGAAGGUAGUCAAUCUGAAGUAACAAACUUUGAGAUGCCAAUAAUUGCAUCUGUCAAGCAAGAGUUGGAUGGUGGGAAUGCAAGCAAAAGAACUUCACAGUUGAUUACUCCCUGCCCUGGGACAACCGGAGCUCUAGAAGAAGCUAAGAAGUUCACCUCAGAAAAUCCCUUUUUCAUAAUCAAUAUAAGGCAAAGUUAUGUGAGCAAAAGCAGACCAAGUAUACCAAAUGCCUUCGUCAAAGAGUAUGUAAAAGAGAACAAGCCGAAUGUGACGAUACAGUUUGGGAAGAAGUUGUGGCCUGUAACGUUGCUCCAUUAUCCAAUAAAAUGUAUUGUCAGUUUCGCAGUUGGUUGGUCCCGUUUUGCUAAAGAAAACAAAUUGCGAGUCGGAGAUAUUUGUAUAUUUGAACUUGUUAAUAGAGAAGAGUAUGUGUUUGAUGUUCAUAUUUUCAGAGGCCACACAUAGGCAAUCCAGUGGGAGCUCUUAAACUGAGUAAUUUUGCAAAGGGUGUAUUAUCCAUCUUGCUAAAAUCGACCUUGUAUUGUUGCUUAUCCUUUAAUAUGUGAACCAAUAAUA